CAACCUGCUAAAGACCUCUCUAAAGACAGUCUUACUCUAAAAAAGGUCGUCAAAGAAUUUCAAAAUGCUGAAUGUGGACUGUAAAAUAUUGUUGUUACCACUCAUGAUCAUUUUAUCAACAGUUUGUGAAGGACAUCCUCUAAGCAAAAGGACAGUGAGUGAGGUGCAGCUUAUGCACAAUCGAGGGGAGCACAAGCUGCAGAAGGAGCGGCGGGACUGGCUGCAGAUGAGGCUGCGGGGCAUCCACCUGGGCCAGAGCUGGUCCAGAGCAGAGCCGGCCUGGAAUAGAGAGGAUGAAAGCCGUCCACGGAGAAAGAAGAUGCUGCCUAAAGACCUCCCAGACUCUCUGACGCCUGACGAGAUCCAGUUUGCCAUGGACUACCUGGAGGAGAUCUUGAGAUCUAAAAAACAAUGA